AUGGCCGAGCUCAGUUCCGAAGACAAGGUCAAGCUCGCCGUCUCGCUCAUUGAGCAGUCUCCUCCAGGAGAGGUCAACGAUGUGAUCAACGACAUUCGCGCAAUCAUUGCCGACGACGAUGCCCUCAUGACCUACUCGCAGCCUGCGUUGAGGGCCUACAACCUUGCGCAGUUGCACGCUGUCGAGCACACCGUUGACGGCGGCGCAUCCCAUGUUACUCUCCUGUCUCAUGCGGCGAUUCUCCCCGGCACUGCCGAGGGCGAGGAGCGCUACAUUGACAACGAGGGCGGCCGCUCGUUUGCUUUCGACCACAUCAAGCUGCCCUACGAGCUGCCCGAGGAGGAGGCCGCCUUCCGCGCCGAGCUCUACAAGAGCCUCAAGGCGUACGCCGACAACCACUUCCCCGGCGGCCACAUUAGCGUGGUUACCAGUCAGCACCCUCUCCUCGCUCCGGAGCCUGAGCCCGAGGUCCUGCCUGAGCCUGAGCCGCAGCCCGUGGUCGAGGAGGUGCCGGCACUCCCCUCGUCGCAGAACACAGUGGACGAGGCUGCUGUCGAGGACGAAACCACGAUCCCACCCUCGCCCAUCACGGACGUGAUUGCUGAGCAAGUCGGCAGUGGCUCGCAGGAGCAGGCGCCGACGCCUGCUGUGGAAGGCGCCGCCGAGUCGAUCCUCGUGCACGAGGAGGUGGAUCAGCCUGGAGGGCUGGAGAAGCUCGACAGCGAGAUUGAGGCUGAGAAGGCAAAGGAGGAGAAGGAUGAAGACGAGGACGAGGACAAGGACACCCCUGCUGCUGCUGAGGAGGAGGAGGAGGAGGAGACACCAGAGGCGCCCAAGGAGGCCGCCAUCGAGGAAGAUGCCCAGACGGCAGAGACCGAGCCCGCCGCUGAGCCCGCCGCUGAGCCCGCCGCUGAGCCUAUUGCUGAGCCCGAGGUGGCCGCCGAGGACCCUGUUACUGAGGAGGUCCCAGCACCCAUCCCCGAGCCCAAGGCUCCCCGCGUGCAGUCCCGCAUCGACAACCCGACCUACACCCUGGAGAUUGUCGGCAACCGCUACAACCCCAACAACUUUUGGACGGGCAGGUGGCGCACCCGCUGGGUCGUCGACCAGGCGGCCGGCACCGUGGACGGCGAGCUCAAGAUUGACGCGCACUACUUUGAGCAGGGCAACGUCCAGCUGGCCACGCACCACGCCGCGUCCUUCCCGUGCCCCACCGCCGAGGCCAAGGGCCAGAGCAUCGCCAGCCAAAUCGUCACGUCGCUCUCCAAGAUCGAGGCCGAGUACCAGCUCGAGAUGCACGACGUGUACGCCGAGCUCGGCGACAAGGCGUUCCGCGCACUGCGCCGCGCACUCCCCGUCACCCGCCAGAAGAUUGACUGGGAGAAGGUGUCUGGAUACACCCUCGGCGCGGACCUCAACAAGGCCCGCGCCUAG